AAAGCUUAUUUAAACAGAGAGCCAGGGAAGUUGAAGUACAUCGUAUUUAAACUUCAUCAGUGACUAAAGAAGUUUCAGUGGAUAAACGAAUCACUAGUUGGUAUGGAUGAAGACGCCCACCCCGGAGAACAUUGUAUGAGCAGUAUAUGGGACUGGAUCAUCAGCAGAGUUGGAUAUUCCAGGAAAUUGGUGAGAAGUAUAUGGGACUGGAUCAUCAGCAGAGUUGGAUUUCCCAGGAAAUUGUUAAAAUGUUUCUGCAAACAUAUGGGAAUCCAGGAAGAAGAGGGAAAUGAAUGGAAUCAACCCAACGAAACUUGGAAAGGAUGGCAGCACUGUACAGCUGAGGGCUUACAAAACUAUGGCACCCUGUCAAAAAAUCCUUAUUUGGAAUACGAGUAUGAAGGAUUUAUCAACUUGAAAGACAAACAGAAAAUCAAUUCUGAAAAAUAUUCGCAACUAGCCAAGUAUGCGCAAACAGCAGAUCAUUCUUCGCAAAGUAAACCAGGCGAAAAAGAUGAAUAUGUUGCAAAAGAAAACAAGCGUAUGAAACCUGAACCAUCCAUUACAUGUAUUUGGUGCGAAGAUAAAAGGGUUGUCCUUGCUUUCAAACCAUGCCUCCAUCUUGUCUGUUGUGAAGAUUGCGCCCCGGCCAUGAAGCAUUGUCCUGUCUGUAAGAAGUACAUCAAGGAUAUGUUCCCAGCGUACCUUGUUAACUAAACAGAUAAAUUGAAAUAGA